AUGCCUCUUGUUACCCGUUCAGGGCAUCGGACUAAAGCCCCACCACCGCCUGACUAUGUUCGCACUUAUGCGUCCAAGGACCAAAAGGCUGCCAAAUCUGAUGCCGAUGACAACCAGGCCUCUACACGUACUAUGCGAAAGCAAACUCGCUCUCGUGCUGGCCCGGAGUCUGUCAUGAAUACCCAAACCCAAGACCGUCUGCAUCCUCGACCCAAGGCUCGCCCUCUUCCAAGGUCUGAACGUUCUGAUCCCAUGACAUCAUCUGCUGAAGAAGAUAUUUUCUUCUCUAACUUCAGCAAACGCUCAUCACUUGGCAGGAAGAAGCGCAGUGACGUGAAUGAAGGUCCCGAGGUCCAGUUGUCUGACACUGCUGACAGGUCCACAAAUGGCACAGAUGGCGAUGUGCCAUCAGCUGGUCUCGAGGAAGAUGGUACUAGUAAUGCUGCCAAUGAGGAUUCAGUUCUAUCCGACAGUGAAUGUGGUGGUGCUACAGCAACAAAUGAAGGGGAGAGAUCCGAUGGUGAAUGCAGUGGUGCUGCAGCGACAGAUGAAGGGGAGAGAUCCGACGGUGAAUGUGGUGGUGUUGCAGCGACAAACGAAGGGGAGAGAGAUGCAGACAAAGUGCCAGACCAGAAAGUGCUUGAAGAUCUUGAAGCCGUGUGUGCUGUCAUUCUCGAGGCUCUUCAAAAUCCUCAACCAAACACAUUUGUAAUCAAUGAUGUUACACCUGCAGAGUAUGCUGUAACCUUAGCAUUUAUAUUGGAAGAGCCAGAUUGUGGCAUCAGAGCAAAAUUCAACUACUUCCAGGACAUGCAAGAGCUUCAAAUUAUGGCCCCACUCCCUAUCCACAAACAACCAACCACACAUCUAUUCAAGGCCAUCACUAGAUACACUGACACUAUCCCUUACGACAUACGACUCAUUGAUAACAACGAGGAUGAUGAUGAGGCCGAAAUAGAGAUUCCAAGGCCCAUCAUUAAAUGGGUGGGGGAAUGCAGAUUGUCAUCAGAUGACAAUAGUAUGAUUCGCAAGCUGAGACUGAUGACUGAUAGCUCUAGAGAGACUGAGUACGCAUUGAUGAUAUCAUUGCGAGAACGGAGUCAGUGGCAACAGCCAAAAGACAAUAGCCUUGCAAGUAAAGUCCUUCGCGCGAGUCCCACCAUGGACUAUGAAGACUUCAUCCCUUGUCACAUCAAGAGGUCAUUGAGGUUUGGGCCAGUCAUCAUCCAGUCCCACGUCUGGAUCGACAUGUGCGAGGUCCGAUACACUGUGUUUAAGUGUGGCGCAGACAGCCACUUCGACUUCAACAGCAAGAAUGUACAGACAUUCGCAGAAGGGACUAUCUACCCCGAGAUCAAGAUGGGCGACAUCGAACACAUCCUAAGUGAGGCUGCCAAGAGUUUGAAAGAGUACAUUAUAUCACUGAUGGAGGGGAUGGGGUUAGAGGAGCCUGCAAUCCAGAGUGUGCGCGAGUCUCAUCCUGUGUGA